CUCAAACAGAUUUCGCUGAUUUGAAAUAGACAAUAUUGACGACAAUUUCUUUGGAGACGAAAUUCAAGAUUCAUGACAAAACUGGACCGAAGCGAACCAUACACCACCCUUGUUACGGACUGCGCACAGCAUUUCAAUUCAAUUGUUCUCGAACAUCAAUUUAAGCGGGUAAUAUUAUAGACUUGCGGUAGUGCUCUUGAAAUCAAAGAAUGUCACCUGAACUCGAUACAGUCGAAAGCCCUAGAAAAUGGCGUUUUACAUGGGAAGCUCAAUCCCAUAUACCAAUCCUACGUUUAUUGCUCUUCGAUUCCUAUACCAAUCCUUCUCUUCAAUGUCAGAAUCUUAAGGUUCAUCUCAAUCUGCAGCAAUCCGUCGUAUGUGUGGCUUGGUUACAAGACCUCGAUAUGUCAAUUCGAGUUCCUAUGCCUCCGGUUUUGGUUGAUGCUGAGUCGCCUCUGAGUUUUAGAGCUUUCGAAGACCAUAUUGAGGUCAAGCUCGUCUUGCUUCUUCCGGUUGAUCACCCAAUUAUUCUCAACUUCGACAAUGUGCUGGACUUCCCCCAGGAGCGAGGAAAUAGCCACUCCAAGGCGACGAAGCCACUCUCGAUGGAUUUUGAUCAAAUCAGUUUAUCCCGCAGUGGUGGCGUCCACUUUUAUUGCCGAAAUUGUUCUUUCAGGCUGAGUAAAGCCCCUCUCAGAGAUUUUGUUGAAAUGCCAUCAGUCAACUGGCGAGAGGUGGCUGAUAACUGGUUUGGGUCUUGCUGCUGCUCUUUCGGGGGGAUAAGCGAGAAGCUGGUUACUAGGUACACAAAUUCCUAUAGAUGUGCAAAGGGUGUCUGCCUACUCACUUUAACGACUAUCACUCUUUCCAAGGAUGACCUUAAUGGACAUGUGUUCCCAGAUUAUGAUGGGACCCGAGAAUUCAAGGAUGAAUCGGAUCUCACUGAUGGAAAUUGUUUAACCGAAGCUAAGCAGGAAUCACCAUGUAAUCAUACGUCUGCAGAGAAGGUAAAAUCUAAGCAGUUCAAUUAUAAAAACUUUGUUGCAGACAUGGAGGGUAAUGCUGCUGAGAAGGGAAAUGAGGAAGUUGAUUCACCUAUUCUGACUCCAUUUCCUGACUGCUGUCAUCAUGAAGAAAGUAGUGUACUUCAUCAUCUUGAUAGGGAUUGCAUGCAUCACACAUGUGGCACAUAUAACUUAGACCCAAAGCCUAUUAAUUCUGUAGAUAUUUCGGACGACCAGAGAUCAUUUCUUAAUGGUUUUCUUGGAAAUAUCUUUAUGGCUAGACUGUCAAAUCUUUCAGCAGAUUUUGAGUGGGCUGAGUUCUUUUGCCCUCAGUGCUCGACUCUGAUUGGGGCUUACCCUUGCAAAAAAGGCUGUGGACCUACAGACUGUGGAGUUCGACUUUUUAAAUGUUACGUCUCAACAUGUUUAUCAGCUGAAUCGGGAAAUUUGUUGAGGGAGUACACGUUGGAAAGAAUGUUUGCAAAUCAGCUACUGGAAAGUGCAAAUGAAGAAUCAUCAUUUCGUACUGUGGUCAAGGAGUUGAAAACCAAGUUUCCCAUGCUGCACAUUGUUCUCAUCAAUUCAAAUUCUUGGUCGUGUAGUGGUUAUUGUUUGGGCAUGGAGGAUAAUGCAGAAUUUGUUCCAAAGGUGGACUUAAAUCCAAUCAUCAAGGUGCUAUUCUCAGAUUGCAACAAAAGUGCAGAAUCUCACUUGAGGAAACUCGAAGAGUGGGUGACAAAAGAUAUAGCAGAUGAAGUUUUUAUGUUAGCCCAUCAAAUAGAGGAAUUAGUUGAGAUCCUAGUUUCAAGAAAUGAUACUCUUCCAUCUUCAUGUUCUUCCCUUGAUGGUUUAACUUUGACAUCUAUCCUGAGGUAACCUUUAUCUUAUCUUCUUUGGAUUCCUACUCAAAUUAUGGAUAAGCCAAAUUCUCCUAAGAUAUAACUCGAUAAAGGUGAGUAGCAACAUUGAAGACCUCACCAUUGUAUACUGUGAUUCUGGUACUUUGAGGAGCCACCAGCUAAAUUUGUGAAGCCUUAGAUCUGUUUAUCAUCAGGCCAUACUGUAUUGUGGGAACCUUGUUAAACGUGCUGGCUUAGCAGAUUUUGGAUGUAUUUCAAGCACGUGGAGUAUUUUACUUUAUAUAUGGAGUUAAGUAGGCGGUCGUUAAGGUGCUCGACUGUAAGAUACUCGAUAGUUUAUGUUGGCAUUUUAGAAGCUUCCCCACAGCGCACAGCUAUUAGGGGAUGCCAACUAAUUAUGCAUAGACGAUGAAACCUUUUAUUUAUAUGUUGAUGUAAUCCUUGAGGUACCUUUAGAGAAAGCGGCUUAAUCUCUGUACUAGGCACCAAUGUUUAUCUUCAAGCUUUUUAGGAUGGUUUAGUUCUUUC